ACGUGGCAAACGUCAAACUGGCAACUGGCUCUGACGUGGAAGUGAUUUUUUCUUAAUUUCUUCGACGGGUUUGAAAGAAACUUUAGCGUUUAUAUAGUGGAAAAAUAGUUGAAAGUUACAUAAAACGCGAGUUGAGACCCUGUACUUUAGAGUACUUGUGGUUUUAAAAUAUUUUUUGCAAUAUAACAUAGCUGUAAUUGCAACAAAUUUACACACAUCCCAUACCAACAUAGUGCCGUGCUUUCUGUAGAAAGUUCAGUUUCUGCACCGACCGUCUCCACCUUCCGCGCAUUCUUGUUUUGUAUACUUGGCAAACAAAGGCAAAAACAAUUAAGCUAGAAAAGAUUUAAAAAAAUAGAAAAACAUGAAUCCGAACGUCUACGGAGCACCACCACAACAACCACAAUAUGCAACGGGCUGGCCGUCGGCUCCACAGCAGCCAACGCAACCAGGUGGAGUACCACCUCAAAUGAGAGCGCCGAGUGGUGGUGGCUACCCACCCAACAGCAUGCCACCAACAUCCGGAGCAUCCGUAUUGGGAGGUGUGCCCGGAACACAGCCACCGCAACAAAAUUAUGGACAAGGACAUCAACCAGGAGUACUAAAUGGCAAUUAUCAACAACAGUUAACGUCUUCAAUGAGUGGCCUCGCCAUGAACCCUUUAAAGCAACAAACACCAGUUCCUCCUCAAAACAAUACGCCAUAUGCAAACGCUAACAUACCCGGUGCGCCCAUAUCUGCGCCACCCACUAUUGCUGGCGCUCCAGAUGCACCACCAUUGACAAAUGGACCUCCAACUGGUGGGCAAUCGCAACAGCCAUUGCCAAGCAAUAAUAACAAUUUUCCUGCUGGGCCAUACGCUAACGGGCAAGCUUCAAAAACGCCACAGCCACAGGUGCCUCCUUCCAUGUAUUCCCCAGCACCAAAUGCAGCGACACCACCCAUGCAAUCUGUACCAGGUGGACCAAAUCAGAUGACUGUAAACACCGCAAGCUUACCAGGAUUGCCACACAUGCCGCCAGCUAAACCGAGUGCCGGCCCGCAAUUAUCUGGCCAACCACCAGUUGCUGCAGCGCCACCAACUUCAGCAGCUGGCGCUAUGCCACAAUAUCAGCCACCGGGCGCACAACAAAUGCCACCUAGGCCAGGUCAACUUCCACAACCUGGCAUCCCUCAGCCACAACCACAACCGGCUGUAUUACCAGGUCAACCAGGUUUGCCGCCUACAUCGGCGCCAGCAACGCUGCCACCUCAACCGGGCAUGCCACCGAUGCCUGGCUAUCCUUCACAAGCACAGCCGUUAGGUUAUCCGCCACUACCACAGCAACAGCAGCAGCAGCCACAGCAAGCGGGCUAUCCCGCACAGCCGCCACAACCUGGCUAUCCCGCGCAACCCGGACAACCUGGUUACCCGCCACAACCGCAGCAGCCGGGUUUCCCACCACAACAACCUGGCUAUCCUCCCCAACCGCCUAUGCAAGGUGGCUAUGCUGGGCAAAUGAUGCCACCAACACAACCCGGACAGCCGCCAAUGCCAGGACGUCCCGGUUUUAAUCAACCACCAGCACCGGGUAACAUGUAUCAACAGCCGCAACAGUAUCCUCAGGCUCAGCGCCGUCUCGAUCCCGAUCAGAUGCCAAAUCCAAUAAGCGUUAUUAUUGAAAACCAGCGUAAUGCUGGUGGCGCUUUUGUCACCAAUCAGCCAGGUCUUUUGCCGCCAUUGGUCACUACCAAAUAUGUGGUGCAGGAUCAGGGGAAUUCCUCGCCACGUUAUGUCAGAUCCUCUUUGUAUUGCAUCCCUGCUACGUCUGAUUUAUUGAAAACUACAGCUUUGCCAUUUACCCUGCUCGUCUCACCAAUGGCACGUACAGUGGAGGGUGAAUAUGAGCCCCCAAUUGUUAACUUCGGUGAAUUGGGACCAAUUAGAUGCAAUCGUUGCAAGGCAUACAUGUCACCAAAUAUGCAGUUUGUAGAUGCUGGACGACGUUUUCAAUGUCUUAUGUGCAAAGUAACCACAGAAGUGCCAACUGAAUAUUUCCAACAUUUGGAUCACACCGGACAACGUGUAGACAAGUAUGAACGUCCCGAAUUAGUAUUGGGUACCUACGAGUUUUUGGCUACGAAGGACUAUUGUCGCAAUAACACACCCCCGGAAAUACCUGCUUUCGUAUUCGUGAUUGAUGUUUCUUACAACACCAUCAAAUCGGGUUUAGUGCAUUUACUUUGUUCGCAGGUCAAGCAGAUAUUAAAACACCUAUCCGUUGAUCAGGGGCAGGAGAAAUCUAAAAUGCGUGUCGGUUUUAUUACCUACAACAGUACAGUGCACUUUUAUAAUAUAAAAAGUAGCUUGGCACAACCUCAAAUGAUGGUGGUUGGCGAUGUACAGGACAUGUUUAUGCCACUACUUGACGGCUUCCUUUGUCAUCCUGAAGAAUCCGAUGCUUUAAUCGAUGCUCUAAUGGAGCAAAUACCGAAAAUGUUUGUCGAUACAAAAGAGACCGAAACCGUGUUCUAUCCAGCUAUACAAGCCGGUCUGGAAGCACUGAAAGCUUCUAAUUGUGCUGGCAAAUUGUUAGUCUUCAAUUCGACACUUCCAAUUGCUGAAGGACGCGGAAAGUUAAAGAAUCGUGAUGAUCGUAAAUUGCUUGGUACUGAAAAGGAGAAAACUGUGCUUACGCCACAGUGUAAUUCUUACAAUGCAUUGGGGCAGGAGUGUGUACAGAAUGGAGUGUCGGUUGAUUUAUUCUUAUUUAAUAAUUCAUACAUUGAUAUUGCAACGGUGGGUCAAGUAUCACGACUCAGUGGCGGAGAGGUCUACAAGUACACCUACUUCCAAGCUGACCUGGAUGGCAAUCGUUUGAUUGAGGACAUCAUCAAGAACGUGUCACGCCCAAUUGCUUUUGAUGCUGUUAUGCGCGUGCGCACUUCAGCCGGCAUACGUCCAACUGAUUUCUAUGGUCACUUCUUUAUGACAAACACAACCGAUGUUGAAUUGGCUAGCAUAGACUGCAACAAGGCUAUUGCUAUUGAGAUUAAGCAUGAUGACAAAUUGCCUCCCGAGGAGAAUAUUUACUUACAAAUCGCUCUACUCUACACAUCGGUUAGUGGUCAGCGUCGCUUGCGUAUUUUGAAUUUAGCACUUCGUGCCACCACUACAAUUGCGGAGGUAUUCAAAUGCUGCGAUUUGGAUGCCAUGAUGUUGUUCUUUGCUAAACAAGCUUGCUUCAAAUUGCUCGAGCUCACACCGAAACAAGUCAAGGAUAAUCUCAUAAAUCGUUCAGCGCAAAUAUUGGCAUGCUAUCGAAAACAUUGCACUUCACCAACAUCAGCUGGUCAACUUAUACUGCCAGAGUGCCUGAAAUUGUUGCCGCUCUAUGUCUCUUGUUUGAUGAAAAAUGACGCCAUCUCUGGUGGUUCCGACAUGACGCUCGACGAUCGUUCUUACGUCAUGCAAUUUGUGAUGACCAUGGAUUUGAAUAUGUCUGUUAGCUACUUGUAUCCACGUUUCAUUCCAAUUCACAAUGUCGAUAUAGAUGACAACGAAUUGCCAAUGUCGAUACGUUGUACACACGAAAAGAUGAGCGAAGAUGGCGCCUACAUACUCGAAAACGGUGUGCAUCUCUUUGUUUGGCUGGGUCAAUCGUGUCCACAAAGCUUCAUACAACCGAUAUUCGGUGUGCAGUGCACACAGCAAGUGAAUGCAGAACGUUUUGCGAUUAUUGGUGAAACGCCAUUGGCUCAGCGUGUGCGCAACAUUAUCGAUACGAUUAUGAAGGAACGUACUAGGAACAUGAGGGUAACUUGCGUGCGACAAAACGAUAAACUGGAAUCGGUAUUCCGACAUUUCCUCAUUGAAGAUCGCGGCACAGACGGUUCACCCAGCUAUGUCGACUUCUUAUGUCACAUGCAUAAGGAGAUUAAAGAUUUAUUAAGUUAGCUUGUAGGUUUUGGAAAAAGUAGCAGCAACUGCAGCUGCAAUAUGUCGUCGCAAAGUGGGAAUAAAGAACAAACAACAACAACAACAACAAAGUACGCCACCACAGCGUCGCCUCUAUUGUGCCGUAGCUAUUCCCAGAAUCGAGCACGUUUGCAUAGGCUCUCGCGUAAAAGAUGGUAGAUGAUGCAUAAUUACACGUACAUACAUACAUACCUAUAUAAACAUACAUUCAAACAAAUAAAUAAUUUGAACGCAUACAAUAGA